UUCACUAGUACCUUCGCUCAAGCGACGACGAACGCCCGUGUUGAUUGUCAUUUGUCAUUCAAAAUUCAAAUUCAAAUUCGAUCGAAUUACGCUGUUCUGUUUUUAAAAGUGCACGUGUGUGUUCGAAGUUUAAAUCUCUAACUAUCUCCAUCCAUGUGUGAGUGAUUGUUGUUGAAAAUGUGACUGUGUUUGGAUCAUACGUUAAAUCGAUCUGCGAUCGAAAAAUGGCACUUACUGACGUUUACAAAUAGCCGCCGAUUUCGCUAAAAUGCGUGAGUUCAUAAGAAUCAUAUUGUUGUGUUUGUGUGCGUUUUUGUUAUCCGUCCGUGAAGUGACGAGUGAGGAAAGCACGGGAUUUGGGGAAGUGAGUGUUUCCGAGGGAAAGGCGGAGGAGCAAGGCGAGAGGAAAGAUGUCAAAAGCAAUUUACCAGGCUCAGUACGGCGGAGCACGACUCAAAGCAGUUCGAACACGACGAGGAACUCGCAACUCCUCUCAGUCCUCGCUGCGAGGCGGCGGCAACUCCUCACGGGACGCCUCGCCAGUCACAUCAAUACUCUUGCUACUAUAGCGAAUAAACCACACAAAACCAACACCACCUUCGCUCAAUUAGAAAUUCGUGACUCAAAUAAUAGUGUCGUAAAAAGGAUAACAUUUGACAACUCGAGUAAUGAAGCCAUAGCACCGACUUUAAAACUGAUCACUAACGAUGGAGUUAAAGAAACACGACAAGAUAUUAAACCACACGAGAUAAGACACUUAUUUAUACCUAGGAUAUAUCAAGAUAAUAAAAACAGAGCAGGAUUUUUAAACAAUCGACGAUUUAACAAAACGAAUGCUGCUGAUACGAAGACUGAAAGUUCUAUAAUAUACGUCCCACCAGAGAAAGGAGAGGAAUUGGAUAAAGGUAUCGAAUUAGACCCAGAAGAGGAAUUCCAAGUUGAUGAAUCCAAUCACGGCUUAUAUUUAUUGAAUUAUUCUGAUACUGAUAAUGUUACACAAAGUCCACCUGUAGCUCCUAACAAAACAACGUCCAGUAAUGAAAUUAAAGAAAAUGCUACAUUAAUAACUGAAGCAAUAUCCGUAACUACUGAAAAGGCCGUGGAAACCACUCCUAAGGUUGAAGAACAAGAGAAAGAAAAAGUAGAAGUAAAUACAAUAGCUAACAGUACAGAUGUUCAGAAUACAAAGUUAAUUAAAGUAGAGCAUGAAAAAGAUAAAACAAAUCAAACAUUAUUUAUGUCACAAGAGAUUUAUAACCAUUUUCGGCCGUUAGAAACAGAACUUCCCGAUGAAGAAAUGGCGCCUUUUAUAUAUUUUGGUCAAAAACUAGGUGGUCCUGUAAUAAACGAUAACUUGACAAAUUCGCCCUCAUUAUCAGCUUCUACUAAAGCCGCUAAUUUUAUUGUGGCUCCAUCUGAAAAAAGGAAAUUUAAUUCACGAUACUCAGCAACAGAAAAAUAUAGGAAUACUAGUGCUGGUGAAGAUGAAAUUAAUGAAGAUAUGGACGUUUCAGUUGUUAAAAAUGUUAUAGAAAAGAAUAAAAUAAGAAACACAGUCAAGGGACCGGCUCCUGCAAGACACGUUGGUUUGGUUAAUGCUUAUAGAAAAUAUCCGAGUACCACUCAAAAGCCACUGAACAUUGGACAGUUAAAUGUCACUGAACCUAUCGUACAAAAUGUAACGCCGAGUAUACAAAAUAAAACCAAAGAUGUUCUAUCGAAUACAACUGUAAAUCCUGUUGAAAAUGUAAAUGGAACUGCCAUCAAAGACAAUUUAAACAAAACAACUACACCUCCCACAUCUUCCACACCACCUCUGAUUCGUAAUUUUACUCGUAAUUAUUUCAAUCUACGUCGACGUCCAUCAAAGAUAACCACUCUUUUGAGUACUGAAAGCAGUCUGAAUGCUCCAGUGGUUAACACAACUACAGAAAAAGCAUCAACUUCUGUAUAUACAGCUGUUGUAACAUCCGUGUCGAUAACUUCAUCUGUGAGAGGACAAAAUAAAACAGAUCCUAUUACUAAUGAAUCGGAUAAUAGUACAAGUGAAAUAACAUCUGGAAAUAUACAGGAUAAGUCGAAUGUUACAGAUGAGAUUAUAAUUUAUUUCAAUGACACGGAAACAACAGCUAUACCGACAACAACGACCACAACCACAUUAAAACCAUACAGACAUAGGAUCAGAAUAAGAACUACGACGACUGAAAAUCCUUUCCAUAACACCACAAAAACUACGCAAGCUCCAAUAACGUAUAAACCGAUUGAAUCUCCGUUAACCAGUGAAAAAUAUAAUGGAGAUCUGAGUGUAGAAACGAUAACAUCUAAAAUAUCUGAAAGGCUAGCCAGUCUAUUCCGACAAAAUGAUUAUGAUAACGCUACGAAUGGGAUAACAAUUCGACCAAAGAAUAUACUAAAAAGACGGCGACCAACGACUACUUCGACAACAACAACAACAACUACGAGUACAAUAAAGCCAACUGUUAGUACACGUGAAGAAUCUACGACGCUACUCCCAACGACCACAGCGCAAGAAACUACGACACAAAGAAACGAAGUUACUGAAUCGAUCUUAAAAACUUUAAUCGUCACGUCUCGAUCAGCAUCAUCGAGUUCAACAACUCUGCAACUCACAAACAUGACGCAAGUUGAAAACGAUACUGUGCUUAAUUUAACUAGAGUUAAGAAUGAAAGCGACACUCAGAACGAAGUUGUUAUAGAGGCAGAAAAGACAUACACAGCGUCAUACGUCUUAGCUGGUCUUGGAUUUCUUCCAGUGAUAGCUGUUGUAGGUUUUGUAUUAAGGAACUUACUGAAUAAGAAAACGAAAGAAAUCGACACGGAAUAUGAAGGAUACUUCGACGAUGGCAGCGAUAUUAAGAAAGAAUCGCCGAUCACGCCUGUAGCUCGACCGCCGAUACCGCCGCCUACAAAACCAGAUCAAAAAUGGGAAUUCCCAAGAAAUAAGCUUAGGUUACAAACGCUAUUGGGUCAAGGAAAUUUCGGACAGGUAUGGAAAGCUGAGGCAGACGAUCUGAACGGUCACGAUGGUCUGACCCGUUUAGUAGCUGUGAAGACUAUUAAGGAGUCAGCGUCACAGAAGGAGAAGCAGGAGCUUUUGCACGAGAUCUACAUCAUGCAGAAGAUCGGGACACACCCCAACGUGGUGACGCUGCUCGCUUGUUGUACUGAACAAGAGCCCUACCUCCUCAUAAUGGAGUACGUGAUGUGCGGCAAGCUGCUGACGUACCUGCGCGAGCGGCGCUCCCGCCCCGACCGGUUCAGCGGGGGCGGCUCCGUCACCUCCAGGGAUCUCACCGUGUUCGCGUAUUGCGUGGCCAGGGGGAUGGACUAUAUCGCUUCUAAGGGGAUCGUACACCGCGACCUAGCCGCUCGCAAUGUACUAGUCGACCACAACAAGCUAUGCAAGAUCGCGGACUUCGGCAUGUCGCGGUGCGCGGGCGCCGCGGCGCGGGCUGCGCGGGGCGCGCUGCCUGUGCGGUGGAUGGCCCCUGAAGCCUUGCUGUAUAAUGUGUACAGCCAUCACUCGGAUGUGUGGGCCUUUGGGAUACUGCUGUGGGAGAUUGUUACGCUUGGCUCAACACCAUACGCAGCGAUGUCAGGUCGGGAAGUCCUCACCGCGGUCACAGAGGGCUACCGGCUCGAGCGCCCUCCACACUGCAAGCCGCAACUCUACCGGGCAAUGCAUGCCUGCUGGCACGCGGACCCGAACCAACGACCCACGUUUGCCCAACUAAAGUCUCAACUAGCAGAACUGCUGGAUAAUGAACCCGUGGAAGGGAAUUACGUGGAUCUGGACUCGUUUUACCAAGAAUCGUCCGUGUAUAGCGAUCCGUCGGCGAUUAUUAAUGAUGAGGAGGGGCUGUCGGCGGAGUAUGAUAGGGAAAGGCGGGUGUUUAGAGAAUUAAAAACGGGCCAAGGAAAGUUCGAGAACAGAGCGUUCAACUUGCGCGAUGAAGAGAUGCGCAAUAAAUUCGGUAUCGGCACGCCCCGUAUGGGCGGCUUCGGCAUCCGCGACCUGAACUUCGAGAGAAACUUCUCUGACGGCGAAUUCGCGGACCGGAGUUUCACUGACAAAAACUUCGCUGACAGAAACUUCGCCGACAAGAACUUCGCCGACAAAAACUUCACUGACAGAAAUUUCACCGACAAAAACUUUAACGAUCCUAACUUUGUUGAGCGAAAAGAUGGGAAACUGUCGACCUCCAGUUUUCAUAGGGAUAGAGAAAGGGAGAAUCCUUUAGUAAGCAGGAAUAGUUUCAAUGGAUUUCCCCGGAUAAAUGCCAACAAUCACUUUCAAAUGACGCCCGACGGAAGGAACAAAAGAGUCUCCGAGUUUGAAUGUGAUAUCUAAGGACUGAAGUUCGAUAGAAAAUUUUGUGUCGCAAAAAGUGUUCUUGUAUUGAUUAAAAUUCCGAAUUUCUAUUGGUAGAAAAGUUUUCGAAUUUUAUAGCUCGAUACAGUGCAGUCUAACGAACUGUUUCUUUAUUGAUUGAGGAAAAAGCCUCGAUCAAAAGAAAUCUUGUUUGAUUAAUUGGACUUUGGUUUUAAACCUGAUAUUUAACUAGAUAAAAACUACGAGUUUAGGGCCGAUUUUACAAUUUUUGUUUAAAAUUUAUCCGUCCAAUAAAGUUACACGAACAUUUUAAAAUGUCACCUGUAAUCUGUCAAAUACGGACAAUUAGAAUACAUUUUUGAAAUGUUAGUUUAAUACGUUAUUCGAUGACCAUUUAACCAACGAUUGAAAAAUCAGCCCUUAAUUAUUUGAAUUGGACGUUCAUUGACUGACUUAUUCGUAGGAGCGUGGAAUUCAUGACAUUAGGCUUUAAAAUUGAUUUCAAUUGUAUGAAAUUUGUGUAAAUUGUAUUGUAAAUAGUUCUAUUUAUAACAGUAUUCUGCUGAGCUGGGUGUAGUUGUAAAUAAUGUUAAGUUUAGUAUAGAGCACAGGUUUCGAUAUUUACUAAAUGCGUGUUAUUUUUCACAAGAUUUAUUGUAUGUUGGAAUUCUACACAUUUUUAACAUAUUUUUCAAGAACAAGCCGUGGUGCUAAAAUGGCUUGUAUUGUAAAUGUAUUUUAACAAUUUAUGUAUAAUGUUAUAUUGUAUAUUUGUGGAAUUUAUUUUAUUUCAAAUCUCAGUUCAAUAUUACUGUCUAGUCUAAAAUUUAUAGUUAUUGGAUUGUAAAGAUCUGUUUAAAAUAUAAGUUUGAAAGAUUUAUUUUAUUAAAUAAAGUAAUAUGAAAUGAUUAUAA